UGUUCAGUGGGGUGAUCCCAGAAUCCCUGUCAUCCAGACUCAGACGCUCAGAUCACCUCAGUCUCUGACUGAUUGGCUGGGGCACCUGCCCUUCAACUGCUCACUGCUCUGCAGCCCACCCUGCACCAAUGGCGGGAGCUUCCUGUGCCUUCCUUCUCUUCUUGCUUAUGGUUUCCCAGCCCAGAGAUGCGAGUCCGUUCACAGUAUCUUGUCUCCCAGUGUCAAUGAACGGAAUUCUGGGAGAAUCUGUCGUUUUCCCUCUCCUCAAUCCUGGAGUCUUCAAAAGCAUCACCUGGCACGGCCCCUCCCCUGCCAAUGCUGAAGCCUAUGCGUCACGUAGGCCUUUAGCAGUUAUCACCCCAGGGGCCCCUGGAGCGCUGCCCCACAUUUCGAUGGAGGACGAGAGAUAUCGAGGGAGAGCAAGACUCCACAACCAGAGCUAUUCGCUGGAGAUCAGCAACCUGAUGCUGGCAGACGUUGUCAUGUACAGCUGGGAGACAGCAAGUGCAGAUAGCAAUAUCUUCUGUAGCUAUGACCUGCACACCCACAGUGAGUGUGUGGAGGGGGAGGGGGGAUAGACCCCAGCUCUGCAGAAACCUUGUAAUGCUGUUUCAGCACUGGUCAGCAUCAAAGUGAUGGCUGGGCUGGGCUUGCAGGUGGCAUAAAAUUUGUAUAGAUUCCAAGACCAGAAGGGGCCAUUGUGAUCCUUUAGUCUGACCUCCUGGAUAACCUGCCCCAAAAGGAUUUGCAUUUUAACCAGAGGAGAUCUUUUAGGAAAACAUCCAAUCUUGAUUUAAAAAUUGCCAGUGAUUUUCUGACAGUAUCACCAGGCCUAAAUAUUCAAAAAUCAAAGUCAGGACCCCAAGAUCAUGAGAUUAUGUUAAAAAUAAUAAAUGUUGGAGUGGAGGGUUAGUUGCCUUCUGGCUUUGGGGCCUUUAGGGUCUCACUUGCUUCAGGCUACCAAGCUUUGCCCUGCAGCUAUGAAAGCUACAGACUUAUUUCUUUUUUAAAUGAAAGCUGAGAUCCUCCUGCACUAGGAGGAUGAAAAAAAAAACACUAAAAAUCGUAAGGCUUGCUAUAACGUCACAAGAUUGGCAACUGGGCCCCAGAAACUUAGUUUGGGUACAGCAGAGCAAGGUCAGCUCUUAUAGAAAGUGGCCCAGUGCAAAGGACCAGGGUGUAGGUGGUCUGACCUAGUGGUCACAGCUGGGCUAGUGCCCACAGGUUCAAGGAUAUCCAUGAAGUGGUAAUCAGCAAGCAGGGAUCAGAGUAAAUGCUGAAGCUGGGCUUGGUAGGCAAGAGUCAGAGUCAGGCUAGGGUCAGAGAGUAGAGAUCAGAGACAGUUACCAAACUUGAAUCAGGAGGUGAGGGUCGAGUCGGGUCAGGCCAGGGUCAGAGAUCAGAAAGCAAGGCGAGGUGUGACAUCACAGCAAGCCAGAAAUUUAUGUAGGUGCCCAGAUAACUUCCUAGUCCACCCUCAGUUUAAAUAGUGAGCCUGCACCAAUCAGAAGGCUGCAGGGUGCUGUCACUCUAGUCCCUUCGGGUGGUACUUCCUGCAGCGCUUGAUGUCCCUAGUGCG